GCCCCCAGCAAGGGCCAGUGAAACACGUGAUUCUGAAGACUGGAUGGUAUCCUUCGCACAGAGCUGAGAUCGAAGGGAAGAUGCUGCACGCCUGUCCGGAUACAUUCGGUACUCCUGGACAUGUGCUAUCCUUCAUCCCAUGUAGUGAGGAGGACGUCCCUCUCACCGACGACAUCUUCCUUCCCGAGUCGGAUCACAUGGCAGAUCGGCUCUGGCAGUAUCCAAACGCGAGCUCUCAUGUAACCGAGAAAUUCCUCGACCAUCGGACGAUGUGUGUGCACAUCACAACCGGCGAGGGAAAACGUCUCGAGACCUGCAAGACUCCAUGGGACCUAGUUAUCUCUGUCGUACAUGGGAUGCUUGGCUGGCUUUCCUUGUUCCAGGCGGGUUUCCUUCAUCGGAAUGUCAGCAUCGUCAAUCUGCUGCGGUUGGAUCCGCCCUUGCAUCGACCGAAAUUCACGACCACGGUCAUCGAACGAGUGCUGCG